UCAGCCCAGAGCCCGACGCGGGGCUUGAACUCACAGACCGCGAGAUCGUGACCUGGCUGAAGUCGGACGCUCAACCGACUGCGCCACCCAGGCGCCCCGAGUUCUUAUUUUCUUGUAGAAUUUGAUUGGGACAAAACAUGGCAAGUGAAUUGUAUGUUUCUUCUGUUGAAGACCUAAAAAACAAUAGGAAAAAAGAAAGUGCUCCACUGAAGAAGUACUUAAAAAAUGGAAAGGAACACCUAUAUAAAGGACAUAGUGAAAAUUUCUUCCAUGAAAUCAGUAACACAACUAAAAAAGAUAACCAGGAAUUCUGUAUAGAAAGAAAUGUCAAAGGAUUAACCAUAAAAUUGAUAUUUUCAAAAGAUGAAGUCAGUAAUCUUUAAGAGACGAUAACUGGAGAUAAUGUGAUAAUUAGAGCAAACUGGGAAUAUAAUGUGAAGUGUUUUCUGUAACUAUUCAGAGUCUUUCAAGGACCUGCUGAUGACUAGAAGCUGAACACGAAAGACUACAUCCUGUGUGAUUCCAUUUGACUGUGAAAUUCUAGAAUAAGGAAAAUUAAUCGUUCAUCCAUGAGCUCGGAUUUCCCACAUUACAACUUCAGGAUGCCUAAUAUUGGAUUCCAGAAUCUGCCUCUCAACAUAUAUAUUGUGGUUUUUGGCACUGCUAUAUUUGUCUUCAUCCUUAGUUUACUCUUCUGUUGCUACUUGAUUAGGCUAAGACAUCAAGCACACAAAGAAUUUUAUGCCUACAAACAGGUCAUAUUAAAAGAGAAAGUAAAAGAACUGAAUUUACAUGAGCUCUGUGCAGUGUGUCUAGAAGACUUCAAGCCUCGAGAUGAGUUGGGCAUUUGUCCAUGUAAGCAUGCCUUUCACAGAAAGUGCCUUAUUAAGUGGCUCGAGGUUCGUAAAGUAUGUCCACUGUGCAACAUGCCAGUUCUGCAGCUGGCCCAGCUGCACAGUAAGCAGGACCGUGGACCCCCGCAGGGGCCCCUGCCCGGGGCAGAGAACAUUGUAUAGCUCCCCCAAGGACCAAACUGCUGUGGGAUCCGACAUCCAUAUGGAGCCAGGAGGAACACAAGCGGUCUCUGCGUUGGCUGCUCUACCUGGGGCACCAGCUGCCACUUCCUUUGCCUCAUGAAGAACUCGGGCCAGCUACGCUGGGAAGCCAGACUGCUGGGUCUUGUGACAACCAAAGCACGCUGACACUACCCCAUGCCAAGAGAAGAGGAGUGGAUGAUGGAUAAGCCUUCCGGUUACAUUCAAGAAAUUUCAUGAGGGUCUCUUGCUGACGCCAUUACUCUGUCUCCCAGAUACUUUUCUCCAUGUCAAGGUGAAUCUUUAUCAAGCAGAAGGGAAGAUAGGAUUGCUAGAGAAGGGAACUGAGGGCAGGUGUUUAAAGCCCCCCCCCGCACCCCCCCCCCACCCUGUGGACAGAUGAGCUUCUAUGCAGACCGUGCAUGCUUUUGCAGCAGCAGACCCUCCUGGCAGUCCCUGAGCCAAGUAAAACCAGCGGUUACCUCAGUUGAAGCCCGACUGGUUGCCAGUGAUUGGUGAGGCAGUGUCAACAAGGCUUUUCACAUUAUGUUCCUUUGAUAAGGUCAUCUUGGAACCCAGGGGCUUUGCUUACCACAGAGCAGCAGUGCCCCCUCGCCACUCCUUCUCCCUCAAGUUCAUGACACUUGCUUAUCAAAUCAUCUAAACACAUUAGAUGCGCUUGGAAAGGCUGGUCAGAAGUCAUUUCCUCUUAUUCUUGCCCGCCCCCCCAAGCUCCCCAGUGAAGCCCAGCCAGGCCGCCCAUCUGGAGCCCCAGCAGGGGAUGUGCUGUCCGUGUGUGACCCAGGGAGCCUCAGGGUGCUGCCCACCCCCAUACAGUGGGGUUCCAGUGCAGCUGCUGGUCUUAGCCCACUGCCUCAGUAAGGAGCUGCUGCGAGCCUCUCAGAUGGCUCCCAAGGGGAGCUUCUUCCUGAGAAUGGCCAGUCUUCCCGGCCCUGCUGAGACGAGAGGAUGCUGACUCCCUUGCCUCUCUCCACUCCUUCCGUUUCCUUCCCUCUCCUGCCCUGUGUUUCUACUUAAGAGAAAAUGCCUGUCAUUGGCUUUUUAACAAUUUGAAGCAUCCCAAAUGAGAUCUUUCUGUAAUUCUGAAGCGAGGGAUCCACUUGAAAUUGUAAAUAGUUUCAGGAAGCUCCCGUAGGGCUGUUCACCCAUUGGUGUGUGCCUCAGUAUUCAGACUUGCGAUAAGUAAUUUAAAGUGUCUUUAUAGGAGAGAAAUGCGUGCUGCUCUUUGGCUCUUUCUGCCCAACUUUUCUAGAAAUGACUGAAGAGUCCAUUCGGAUUCAUGAAUACUGUAUAAAUUUGCCAUCUGAAGUGGCUUUGGGUCAGAUAGAAAGUUCUUUUCCACGGCACUGCUUUCCACCUCCUUCUGUUAUAGGGUGGACUCUUCGUCAAGAGCUUUGCCUCUGCUGCAUUCCCCAGGUGUGAGUGAGGACAGUUUCUCAUUGGAAAUGUGGUCUGCAUGGUAUGGAGAGAGAAUGGAGGAAGCUUUACUGCUCUGUUCAUGGCAUGUCUCCAGGGAUUUUUUUUCUGGAUUCGUCUCUACCAUCUUAGAAUGGGAGACAGAACCUGUCCUUGGCUCAGAUGGCUGGGGUCAGAUGAGGAGAAUUCCCAUUAGCCUAGGAAAGUGCUGGACAAAAUCCAGUUUGGAAAAUUACAAAUCCAGUUGGUCAGAAUUGGCUGUUUCCUCCUUGUGACCUAUUCAUGUCACGCCAACUGGCUGCUUCAACAGGGCAAGGAAGUGUGGGGUAUUUUUAUAUGAAAGCCUUAGCCUGUUGGGCAUCCUUGAAAAGAGAUUUUCAUGCGCUCCUACUUUCACCAUUUCUGCGUUGUGUUGGUAGCACAAUGGAGUUGAAUACUGCAAAGCACCCAGUUUACAGUGAAAUGUUUCCAGUGACCAGUGUCAAAAGUAGGUCUGCUUCUAGACUAGCCUCAGUUGUGGCCAACACCCACCAUUCCCCAUGGGAUGGCUUGGGACAGAUCUCACCUUGUUACGAGGUUCCAACAGGAAAGAGAAUUUUUCCCCUGAAGGGAGGAAUUCGCAUGCUCUAAAAACUGCAAAUGAUUUCAGCUCACAGCUUUGGCAAGAUUAUAACUCAUCAGUUGCAGCUUUUUUCUGUCCCUGUAUGUGUGGGUAGAUUAGUUCAUUUCCCUGUCACAGGAAGGGCAAGUUGAUAUGGUUGGUGCAUAGUUCCAGCCAUUAGAGGAAAGCGCCAGAAUGCCGUGCACUCUCCAUUGGGCACCAACCCCCACGAGGUGCCGCUAACGUGACCUCCACACCUGUGAAUGCGGAGGGCUUUUUAAAUGCCACCCUUUCACCAGGGUGGGGCUGGAUAUGGAGUGGUGAAUAUUCACUCUGCUCGCCAUCUCCUUUCUUGGCUCGGUGUCCCACUGCAGCUCAGCCAGUGUCACCCAGAGUAGUAGUUCCUGCCACUCUUAGCAAGACAACCUGAAUGCACCUGCUCCUCACGCCUGGGUCCUCCUCCAGGACUCUGUGCUGCACUGUCAUUAUUGCCAAUAGCCAGGGCUUAAUUUACAUCUUCAAUUCUGAUUAAAACACAGUUGUCUGUGGACAAGGUUAAAUCUUCAUCUGAACUUUUUAAAGAAUGAGUUAAGGAUUCCCUAAUACUCUUGGCACAGGCUCAUACCUUACACUGAGGCCAUCCUGGCCACAUCUAUCUUUUGUUAGGAAGUUGUUGGUGAUCUUUUGUUAAUCUGUAGACAUGUGGGGACUUUGGUCUGCUCUUGGGCCACUGGGGGGGGUGACAUAGCAGGUUUUGGUUUUUUUGUUUGUUUUGUUUUUUACUUUGUCUUGCUGUGUCUAAGCAGCUCAAAGAUCGGAUGUUACUUGUAUGCUGUGGGUUAAAAGAAUGUAACUCAGUCCCAACUGAA